AUGGCUGCCACUCAGAAAAUCGCCCUCACGCUACUCGGCCUGUGCCUGGUGUGCGAUCUGGUGCUGUGCCAGCAGCAGGCCGGCAACGACUCGGAUGUGGCCGAGAGCCGCACUUUUGGCCAUCAUUUUCUGCGUCGCAUUAGCUUUGCCUUGGUGCCGGGCGCCUUUGUUGUGGGCGUCAUAACCACGUUGCUGGCCGCUUUGACAGUGGUCUCCAUGAAGGGUCUGGGCGUCGGUGUCAUACUGCUCGUGCUGGCCAUUGGCCAGAUGCUGUCCCGUGCCCUGCCCGUGCCAGCCGCUGCCGCCUAUGCCGCAGCGCCCGCUCCCGUGCCCAUUGUCUACUCGCACUCGCACUCACAACAGCCCGUCUGGCUGGAGAAGGAGUGGUAA